AUGUCAAGGGGCUUGAAGAGUGAAGUUAGAAGUGCAUUGACGAAGGGAAGAGAGAAUUCCGAAACUAAAGAUGUGGUUUUGGGCAUUGCAGGGGAUGAUGCCAAUCUCAUUGUGGAUUCAUUGACGAAAGUCAUCAUAACCACCCGAAUGAAGUCUGUUUGUAAUUUAGGAGUGUGGUGUAUAUCAAUCCAGCAAUUUGAUGCAUCAUAUUUGACUCCAAGCUUCCAUUCUUUAUUGAGAGCAAUUGUUCAUGCCCUUGACAAUCCCAUUGGCUCCUUGUCAACAACAUUCGAGGCUAUCCAGGCUGUGAUGAAGUUAGCAACUCAAUUAAAUGAAAAGAUGAGAGAUACAUCAAAUAUAUGGGCUCCUCCAAUCUACAGAAGACUUGUCAGCAUUGAUAAAAGGGUGAGAGAUAUGUCAGAAAGAUGUUUGCUGAAGAUUAGGUCUACAAUAUGUCCUCCCCCAUUAACUCUCUCUAAGGUCCUUGUCACAGAUAUGAAGAAAAAAUUGCUUCCUGGGAUGAAAGAGCUGCUAAACCAUGGUAUGAAGAUUCAAACUAUUCAAGCAUGGGGAUGGUUUAUUCGCCUAUUAGGACCUUAUUCUGUGAAGAAUAGGCAUUUGGUCAAUGAGAUGCUAAAAAUCCCAGAGCAGACAUUGUCUGACGUAGACCCGCAAGUCCAGAUUGCUUCACUGGUUGCUUGGGAAGGCUUGAUUGAUGCUCUCAUUCAACCUCCAAUAAGAGCUCCCGAGAUGAAUAUGGUAGCUGAGCAUGGUAUUCAGCAAGGGAGGACAUGUGAAGGGAAUAAUAGUGGAAGAGAAGGAGAAGGAUUUUCUAAGAGUGUAAAACUCAUAAUGACUCCUAUAAUAGGUAUCAUGACAAGUAAAUGUAUUAUAUCAGUUCACUCAUCCUGCCUAAACACGUGGUGUUAUCUGCUGCACAAGCUUGAUACCUCUGUCAACUGCCCUUCGAUGGUAAAAACUGUUUGUGAGCCUAUCUUUGAUGCAGUGUUCCGGGUUGGACCCGACAGUAAGAGCAUCUGGUUAUGGAAUAUCUGCCUAGAUCUGCUUGAUGAUUUUAUUUUGAUAAGAAGUAGCGAUUUGGAUGAUGACUUAAAUAAGCAGGUAAAUUAUGAACCAUCAGCUAAAACCCCUACUACUGGACCUCCAGUAUCUGUUAAAUGCUCAUGGAAGCAUUAUCCCAUUAAAUGGUUGUCAUGGGAUCUGAAUAGCUUGGACUUCUGCAUAAAGAUGAUCCGUAUUCUCAUCAGUCAAGGUCAAGGAUCAAUGGUGACUGUUCCCAAGGAAAUCAAGAGUUUGGCAUGUAAUUCUGCCUUGAGGAUAUUCAAAUCUGUCCUGAAAGGAGUUCGGAAUGUGUUAAAAAACUCAUCAAUUAAUUAUGAUGAGGUUAUGUUGUGUUUGAAUACAAUUUUAGGGUUGGUAAAGGAGAUAUAUAAAGAUUUAAAUUCAGAAAACGGCGACAUUAAUGACUCGCUUCAUACUUCCCUCCAAUUUGUGGAGGCUGUCAUUGAAGAGUUAGAACCUUCUAUUCUUGGAUCCCCUAUUUACAAGAUAGCAUUAGACCUCAAAUAUGUUGACUACUUGCAGUCAGUUAAUGAGGCUACACAUGCAGGGGUACUUGGAGUCCGGUUUACAAUGUACAUGGAUAUGGUUUCGCCAAUUGUUUAUUUAAUCAUACUCUAUUUCUGCGGGGUGUUUAAGUCAACUUUUAAUGCACCAGGAGAAGAGUUCAUAUUGCAGAAUGCCUGCAGAUAUUUGAAGUUCGUGUUAUCUUCAUUUGACCCUUCCGAAAUUCUCCAUGCUAUUAUUGGAUUACUGUAUAAACACGUGGGAUUUGACUACUUAAAGAUCUGGAUAGCAAUAGCAAGUGGGCUAAAAGACUACAUAGAUGAAGCAAAGGAUAUUUCGCUUUUGAAAACGGAGUCUGAUAGCCUCUGCUGUUUAGAAGUAUGCCAAAUCUUGUCCUACUCGUUUGCUGUAUGCUCCUGUCCUCAAAAGCAAUCGACAAUGGUGCAAAGUACUGGACUGCAGGAAUCAUCUAUUGUUUCCUUACAAUCUCAAAGGAAGCUUGAGCUUGAAUGCGUUUUUGAAGUCUGGAAGUCGCUCUAUGUUUGUGUUAAUUGUGCCUCUGGUUUCGAGAGUUCCACCUUGAAUAGUUUUGCUGAUGAUCUGUCAUUAACAAUAAAUGGGUGCCUAGAUGCAAACACAAAGGUGUUUGAGUGUGGCACUGUGCUUAAUCCAAGCAACAACGAUCAGGAUAUCAACCUCCUUUCUUUAUGUGGAAAUGUUGCAAUUUGUGUUUUGGAACAUAUUCUUAAUUCAGGAAUCAGUUCUAGAGGAAGCAAAGACAGAAAAGAUGGUGACUAUAAGAGAUCCAGUGGCAUCAAUAAUAGCUUGGGAUUUGUUGCUAGAUUCAUGACGCUGUCACGGAUGAUGGCAGAAACAAAUGCACCAAAUGAUCUUGCUAUAAUCUCAAGAGUUUUCUCAGCAUUGGUGCGCUUCGUAGGCUGGCUUCACUUGAAGGAAGAUAUUCUUUCAUUCAUCCAGAUAAUAUCAAAUCAAUUUCUUCGGUGGCUAUCAUUCACAGAAAUACCAUGUGAAGACACCAAUCAUCAACUUCAACUACUUUGGACCGAAACCCUCAAUUGUUUGCGGAGGAGUCACCCGCCAAUAAUAUUUGAUUCCUCCUUUCUUAAACUCCAAGCACCUCUCCUUGAAACAACACUUGACCACCCAAACCCCUCAAUUUCCGAGCCUGCAAUCACCUUUUGGAAUUGCACGUAUGCUGCCACAGAGGUCAAGUUAGAUUACCCACAAAGCUUACUUCCUGUCUUGGAUAAGCUAUCCAGGAAUCGAAAAAUAAGUCUUUGCAAGAGAAGCCUUGGAUUUUCGGCUCCACCGAGAUAUAGGGUGACUGCAACACAUAACAUGAGCUCCAAAAGAGUAGAAUUAGUUGAACAUAAAGUGACUGGUAUUGAUUACAAUGAUAAGCAGUCUUUGUGUCCCAAAAGAAAAAGGCGCGAACUUACUGAGCAUCAAAAGGAAGUGAGACGGGCACAGCAAGGAAGAGAGAGAGAUUGUAAUGGACAUGGCCCUGGUAUUCGGACUUACACUAGUGCUGAUUUCUCUCAAGGGAAUGAGGAGUCUCAAGAUAGUCAGGAAAUUCGGGAUGCAGACUCUAUCCUGGAGAUGUUGAGGAGAUCUAGCUAACUCUCUUCAUUUUCAAGGCUCGAUUUGGGAUAUGAAUUAUCGCUUAUUACAUGUGCACUACCAAGUUAUCGUGCAUGCUUGUCCUGCCCAAGUUUCAUGUUCAUGUGUUGGAUGUAUUAUAGUUAAUGUAUUUCUAUCUUUUGUUUGACGUGUUGAAUAUGAUUUAUUCAUGUGUACAUAAAGUACAGUAAAAUAUUUUAUAUAUACAUAUAUCAAUCUUUGUUGUGA